AUGAAAGCCAGUAUACUUUCCGUUAUCUCUUCGUUUACCCUGGCUUUGGCGACAGAUUCAACCAAGCUGCUUCCAUGGUCCCCCCCGGGUCACGGCGAUGUGAGAGGUCCUUGUCCAAUGCUGAAUACCCUUGCAAACCACGGGCUUCUACCACACAAUGGCAAAAAUCUUUCUGAAGAAGUCGUUGUCGGCGUACUGAACAACACGCUGAAUAUUGCAGACAGCCUUGGCGAGUUUCUGUUUAAGGCGGCACUGACAACAGUCGAAACCCCCAACGCAACUACCUUUUCCCUGAGCGACCUCGAUCGCCAUAAUAUCCUGGAGCAUGAUGCUAGUUUGAGUCGACAGGACACCUACUUCGGGAAUAACCAUGCGUUCAACCGAAAGAUAUUCGACCAGACAAAGUCGUAUUGGACAACGCCUCUGAUCGAUGUUGAACAAGCAGCCAAGGCACGCGAAGCACGAGUUGAUACUUCCAAGGCCACAAACCCUGACUUCAGUCUCACGGAAACCGGGCUAUCGUUCAGCUUCGGAGAGUCUGCCGCCUACAUGCUCGCAUUUGAAGAAGAUGGUAUCGGAUACGCCAACAGAACCUGGGUCGAAUACUUCUUCGAAAAUGAGCGUUUGCCUCAAGAGCUUGGAUGGACUAAGCGGUCAUUUAUCACCACAGGCGAUCUUCUGGUAAACACGGCACUCGCGAUUGUAAAUUCCACUAUCGGGGUCACACCCGCCGAGCGUGCUGAGCUAAAAGAUUUUAUUAACACGGGAGGCCCCUUGCACGAGUCAAUUAGGGGAUAA